AUGACAGGCCACUUGACCAAGAAGUUCAGAACCAUGCCGACUUCCUUUGAUCUGCUGGAGCUUCCCAAGAUUGGACAUGUUCUCAAGAAGAUGUCACCAACCGAUAAGGAAAGAUCUGGAGGCAACUCUAUUGAGCAGUGGAUUACUUUUAGCUUUCCACUAAGAACCUCUCUUGCAGCAGAGCUAGAAGCCUCGAAGAAGAGUUAA